GAGCCAUCGCAGGCUAGGGUUUAACCGAGCUGCUGCUGCUGCGUGACCAUCCACGAAGAAGCAUAUUUUUGGUUUGGCCAUGGCGACCCAGGCGCGUGAGCUCCCUUCCAAGCAAGAGCUGCCCCGUGAUGACUACGUGGACGACGAGGAGGAGGAAGAGGAGGAGGGGGAGGAGACGUGGGACGACUGGGAGUCGGAUGGCGAUGACGCGGCCGAGGGCGGCGGCGGCGUCCUCUGCCUGUUCUGCAGCUCGCGGUUCGACUCCGAGAGCUCCCUCUUCGCGCACUGUGGCGCCGAGCACCGGUUCGAUUUCCACAAGGUCGUGAGGGAGCUCGGGCUUGAUUUCUACGGGUGCAUCAAGCUCAUAAAUUUUGUUCGGUCCAAGGUUGCGGAGAAUAAGUGUUGGAGCUGUGGCCAAACUUUCGCUUGCAACAGCGAACUAUGCGGCCACUUGCAUGUAGCUGAGACUUCUCAACUUGAGGGGAACGUUCCAUGGGCGGAGGAUUCGUACCUGAAACCUUUCAUGGAAGACGACUCGCUUUUGCAUAGUUUGUCUAUCUUUGAUGAUGACGAUGAGGAGAAGGAUUGUGGAAUGCCAAUGGGAAAAGGAGAGUUUUCAGCGGGCAAUGGGAGGUUAGCUGAACCACAGGACAACUCCCUGAACACAAUUAUAGACGAUUGUUCUGACAUCAGUGCUAGAUUUGAGAAAUCAGUUAGUACCGAAAGUCUUGAUGGAGAUAGCAAUGUGUCUCUUUCUGAGGAACAGAGUGAUAGGCAGCUAAAGAUUACACGCGCUAGUGUUACUGCCAAGGAAAUUAAAAGUGUGGAUGAUAGCUACUUUGGGUCUUAUAGUUCAUUUGGCAUUCAUAGAGAGAUGCUUGGCGACAAAGUAAGAACAGACGCUUACAGGGAUGCCCUUUUGGGCAAUCGUAGCCUCAUGGAUGGAGCAACAGUACUGGAUGUUGGUUGCGGUACAGGAAUUCUAAGUCUUUUUGCAGCGAAGGCUGGUGCAUCCAAAGUUAUUGCUGUUGAUGGCAGUGCAAAGAUGUGUUCCGUAGCUACCCAAGUUGCAAAGAGUAAUGGUCUAUUAUAUGAUGAAAAUGCGUGUAUGGAACAAAAGCGUAGUCCUCAAGUGAUAAGUGUUGUGCAUACCAAAGCUGAAGAGCUGAACAAUAAAAUAAUAAUUCCACCCAAUGGCUUUGAUGUGUUAGUGAGUGAGUGGAUGGGAUACUGCCUGUUGUUUGAAUCCAUGCUCAGUUCAGUUAUAUAUGCACGUGAUCAUUUCCUCAAACCUGGUGGUGCUAUUCUCCCAGAUACGGCAACAAUUCUUGGUGCUGGUUUUGGGAGAGGUGGAACUAGCUUGCCAUUCUGGGAAAAUGUUUAUGGCUUUGACAUGUCAUGUAUUGGCAAAGAAGUAACAGCAAGUUCAGCUCGAUUCCCUGUAGUUGAUAUACUGGCUUCUCAGGAUGUCGUGACAGAUACUGCUGUACUCCAUUCCUUUGAUCUGGCAACUAUGAAGCAAAGCGACAUGGAUUUCACCGCAAGCUUGGAGCUGAAGCUGAGUUCAAGUGGUGCAGCUGUACCAGGAGUAACCUGGUGCCAUGGCAUCGUCUUAUGGUUCGACACGGGCUUCACCAACAGAUUCUGCAAGGACAAGCCCGUCGUCCUCUCGACCUCUCCUUUCUCCACUCCAACUCACUGGUCGCAAACAAUCUUCACCUUUGAAGAGCCCAUCGCGAUGACAAGUGAGGGAUCAGUCGUUGGCUCAUCGGCAUCUGUUGGCACAGCGGGGUGCCCAGCUGUGGCGAUCAGAUGCCGCGUCAGCAUUGUGAGGGCCUCACAGCAUCGCAGCAUAGACAUAUCGAUUGAGACCACAGGGAUCAGCUCAGAAGGCCGUAAGCGCAGCUGGACGGUUCAGACCUUCAACCUUUGAUGUGAGCGAUGGCACGCCUUCAGGAUGAAAUUUCAUCUUUCCCUUUUUUCUACCAUCGAGCUAUUUUGUUGGCCACAGCAAGUUUUGCCAUGAUCGAGUUCUGGAGUUGUAUUUGCUGAAAGGCGAGCACCUGUAGUUCCGUUGAAGACAAAAGCGAACUGAGUGUAGAUUUUGUAGUGGACAUAUUCCAGAUACAUCUUCGUAUCAAUUAAUUGAACCAGAUGAGGUUGGGUAUGGGGUUUCACUGAUGUAACAUGAAGGCAAUUCUUUCGCUGCAGCUGAUUAGUGCUAUCAUUGUUGCUUCGUGAAAUCGAAGAUUGACAUACAGAUGUACUGUAACUUUUGUAAUGAGGUUUGAGAAUUUCAUGAUGAGAUACAGAUGUACUGUGACAAGUUCUUUUCA